GCGGUGUCGAAUUUAAUCGAAACAUAUUAUCCUCGUGAGGGCACAUGAGAUCUAGGUAGAAAAGGCGUCUAGUGGUGCUGACCUCGAGAUGGAGAUGGAGCGAGCGCUCUAAGCCCCAGGAACAAUAAUGCGAUCUGCAUGUAAGGCACGUACAUCGUGGUAGUGUGUAUCGGUUUCGACUUUGUUCGAGUAUUCCUUUCGUACCGCAUUUAUGGAAAGAAGUAGAUAAUCUCGUUUCUAAAUGCUUGUUGAUAAAUUUGAUAAACACAGCAGCGGCAUGAUUCGAUCGGCGAUAAGCGCAAUCAAGGACAUAUCGAAUAAAUAGCUUCUCAGCGCUUGCACAAGCGCUGUAAAGUGCGAAGGUGACCACUUUUGUCGGAACAUUACAUGGAGGUCUUUUAACUGGCGGUGCCAUUCGAUGGGCUCAGUUGUAUACAAUGUUAAUGAUACGACCUAGCUUAAUCUCUUGUUAUCUCCUCGAAUAUCUACACGCUCGACUAUGUUGAGCGUCAUAUAUAUGACCAAGACAAUUGUCAGCACACUUGUUCGUAAGACAAUAUUUGUUAUGCUGACACUGUAUGCCAUUUACGCUAUGAUGAUAAGGCACCCAUGCCUCCUUCCUUGAAAAGUGAUAAGGCUCUGCCUAGUGAAUUACGACGACUCAGCUCCAGGUUCUUGUUGCGCAGAAGCAUCACGUCAUGUCGAGGAAGAAUUGCUGUACGGUGAGACAAAAACGCUUGCGUCCUUUUCAUGCUGGACUUUGUGGUGAAGUGUCUAGACAGUGCUACAAGUACCCAAAGCAAAAAUUCUUUUGCAUGUGGAUCGCAUAUUACGAAUUGAUUGGUAUCUCGUUAUUAAAAGUUUUGUCGAAUUUAAUUUUCAAGAUGUGAACAAUCCUCAUGAUGGAUCUCUCGAAUAAUAUGUGCGGAAAUUUCCCACACUACAGUAAAAGAAAGACAAUGAUAGAGCUUGACGAUUUUCAGAACUAAAAUGCAGUACAGCCGAAGAAAGGUCAUGAUGUCAGCAUUGGCGUCCCGCAUUGUAAAAAGUGCAAAGAUCAGAUUAAGUAUAUUCGUGAUGAUAAAUCAAGUCGAAGUGUCCUUCAAAUACUAUAAUCAGUUCAAAUUCUCCACUUUUCGAAAUGAUAUCUAACAUAUUGACGGACCGUGCCAAAAUCCUGAUUUAUGCGCAAGAGCAGUCGAGUGCUUAGUUCGCUGAAUGCGAUGAGGAAAUGCUUGAUUGCAGCCUUUAUAUGUCGCUAAUUGAGUUUGACGCUACUAGGCCAAUAAUCGUUUGUAACAUAAGAAAUAAAUAUGUGAAGCCACUGAAAGAUGAUGUUGCAGUUAUUUUACAUGUAUCAGAUUGUUCCUUUAGUAAUCGAUAGAAGCACCUUCACUUUCUUGAUUGAGGGUUACCACAAGUUUCACCACACGGAUUUUUGGGUGCUCCUCACGUCCCCUCGUCCUAUUUUAUGGAUUUCCGACUGGUGGCAGACAAUUUAUGUUCGCCAUCUGAUGUUGAGAUUCAAUUUAUGUUCUUAAUUUGGAGCAGAAAUGGACACGCAUAAA